UUUGAGGACAAAUAAACAAUACUUAUACCACUUUACAAAAAAGACUAAUCAAAUCAAAACAAAUAAUGUUGCACUUCACCAGAGGACAUAUAAAUAGGUUGAUAUAAAUUUCAUCAAUUCAAAACGGCUUAUCAGCUGGAUACAACAUACUGGAGUUUGACUCAAGAUUGAAAUCAGAUAAAAAUGGAGUUUUGUAUUAUGAACACCAGAAGUAAUGUUGGAGUAGAAGGAAAUGGUCAUGUCUUAGUAACAGGCGGAGCUGGAUACAUCGGAACGACUAUUGUACCCAUGUUAUUAUCGGCUGGAUAUGAGGUGACAGUUUUUGACAAAUUUCUCUGGGGAAUCAAACCGUUACUAUUCAUCUCUUCUCAUCCCAAGCUUCACAUUGUUACAGGAGACAUAUGUCAACCGGAAGAACUGAAACCAGUGAUGAAAGGAAAGAUUGGUAUUAUCCAUUUAGCGGCGAUCGUGGGUUACCCUGCAUGUGAUAAAAAUCCACAGAAAGCUAUGGAAACAAAUGUUGAUGGUACUAGUAAUAUAACACAACUGAUGACCUCUGAUCAAAAACUGAUUUACGCCAGUACGGGAUCAUGUUACGGGGCCAUUGAUGGUAUGUGCACGGAAAACACACCAAUAAGUCCUAUCUCUCUAUAUGGAAGCAGUAAAGCAGGGGGAGAAAAGGUUGUACUGGAAGCUGGAGGUGUGGCUUUGAGAUUGGCAACUGUGUUUGGCAUUGCACCUCGUCUCCGUCUAGAUUUAUUGGUUAACGAUCUAACCCACAAAGCCCUUACAAAUAAAAGUUUUGAUCUGUAUGAGGGCCAUUUCCGUCGCACAUUCUUACAUGUGAAAGAUGCCGCCAGGGCAUUUAUCUUUGCAUUGGAAAACUAUAAAGUAAUGAAAGGUGAAGCUUAUAAUGUUGGAGACGAAAAAAUGAACUAUACGAAAGCUCAAGUGGCACAGAUAAUACAGUCUAAAGUCCCGUCUUGCAAAAUCUCAACGAAUACAACUGGAACAGACCAAGACAAAAGAGACUACGAAGUCAGCUAUGAGAAAAUACGAAACUUAGGAUUCCAAUCCACAAUAUCAGUGGAGGAAGGUAUCAUGGACAUUCUUAAGAUAUUGCCCAUGCUAAAAGAAGAAGAAUUGCAAAAUUGUAAAAAUGUAUAAAACAGAAAUGAAUAAAAAACAAAUUUUAUUAUUAAAACUAUAUAAAGGGUGAGCUUGAAUAAAAGAUACAAUAAUU